CCCCUGGCCGGGGGCUCCUCUUAGGGGCAAGCGAGGGGAAGCCUAUGCCCCCCCCCCACCCCAGGGAGAGGAAUAAACCGUGGGGACACACCCCCCCCGCCUUGGCUGUUCUCUCUCUGGGGCGUUCAUUCAACUCAUUCAGGGAGUCUCCAUCCCCACCCCCAGGAGGGCGAAGCCCCCAGCAGGGAGCAAAGGGCUGGGGGGGGGGGACACAAGGGGGUCCUCCAUUUGGGGCUGAAGUCCUCACAGGCAGGACUUGAGGAGGGAAGGGGUGAAAUGUGGGGCCAGGGUCUUCUAGGGAGGGGCCAAAGCACAGAGAAAGGGAUGGGGGAAGCCAAGAAUUAAGGGAGCCCUCCCCCCCACUUCACACAGCCCUUCCUGAUCCCACCUCUCUCUCUCUCUCUCUCUCUCUCUCACACACACACACACACACACACACACACCCCACCCCACCCCCCCCAAGGAAGAGCCAGGGAAUGGAGCCCUGCAAGAGACAAGGGCAGGAAAGGGCCCUUUUAGCCGCUUUGGACUGGCGAGGGGGCUGAGGGGUCAAGGCUGAGGAGGGGCAGGAGGUGUGGGGGAGCCCCCCCCCCAUUCCUCUGACCCCUCUUCUUCUGGGCAGCCUGGUCCCAGCAUCCUUCUUUCCAGCUCAGGGUGCCAAGCGAUGCAGCCGCCUCCUUUGCUCUUUGCAGAAAUGAGGGAGAGCCCCCCCUUAUUUCUCCUCCCUGGGGAAAUCCUGGUCCUCUAAAUUGCAGGUUCCUUUUCUACUCCCCCAGGGAGGGUGGUGAAGGGGGGGUCGCUCCAGGUUAGCGUGUAGCCAUGGACAUGAUCUAUAAUUUGAUUGUAAAUCUUCUUUGAUCCAGUGGAAAAAUAUUGAGAAUCUCAAUAUUUGCAUCAUGACGUCUUCACAAAGCAGUGGAUUGUAUUGGGGUAGUUUCUAGGCAUGGGCAUAAUAUUUGAAUUGAUGGCAAGUUCGGCCUCACUCAGUGCAAAACCCACGAGGAUCCAUUCUUUACUAAGUGCCGUGGAUCCACGUUCUGUGGAAGUACCACCAAGCGGGAGAUUCCUGAUUUUUGCAGUUCGCUCUUUGGUUGUGAACAUGACCUGUGAAUUUAGUGCGGCCUGACACAGAAAGCACAAGAAUCCGUGAGGAUCCAUGCUUUGGAGUUAUGUAUAAGUUGAAGUUCUUCCAGGUUUUUUCAUACCUUGAGAGUGGUAAGUCUUUCAGAGUGAUUGGAGGACCUGAAGCUGCCGAUUGCUCACCUCAGAAGGACUCCACCCUUUUUAUAAAGCUGCACCUCGACAUUGGAGAGCUGCGAGAAACUCCUGAAAAGAAAGUACAGACGACAGAACUGCCAGUCUGUUCAUCUUCAUGGGACUGGCUUGGCAGAAGAAAGGAAACAGGCCCAAACUGCCUUUCUUCGUAGCCAACUGAGGCAUCUUUUCAGAGUCAAAGGCUACUGAGUAGAAGAGGAAGGAGAUGGAAGAGCCGGACCCAGCAGGAGCGGGACGUGGCAAGAGAGCAAGGAAUGGCCCCCGUCCCGUCCAAGCUGGGAGUGGUGUGGAAUUCUGGGAGAGAGCUGUGCCGGAGAUCUGGAGUCAAGAGCCCCUGAACGCGGAAGUACUUUGCCGACACUUCCGGCAGUUCCGCUACCAUGAUGCUGAUGGGCCCCGAGAAGUUUGCAGUCAGCUGAAUCAAGCCGAGGAGAAGAGGCAGGCAGGAGAGAGGAGGGGUCCAUCCGUGAAGGUGGAAAGGAAGUUCUCUGAGAGGGAAAGAGCUCCGCUGGAGGAAGGGCAGCACGCCCACGACCAGGAACGCCCCCAGAAUGCCCUCUCAGGCGGCAGUGAAGAGAGAGCGUUGAUCCCUCCUCUUUGUGGAGGUGUGAAAACAGGUGCUGCACUUCCAGCCCAGUCUCUGGUUUCCUUUGGGGAGGUGGCCGUGUAUUUCACAGAGGCGGAGUGGGCACUACUGGAUCCAGACCAGAGAGCUCUCUACGAGGUCGUCAUGCUGGAGAACUACGAGUGUGUGGCCUCUCUUGCAGCACAAGGAGAGGAGAUGGUGGGAGGAUUCCAGGGAUUCUCUGUGGAAAAAGCCAAGGAUCAAGAUUCCAAAGGAAAGUCUGAGGACGGAGACAGGCCGCAGAGUCCGGAGGGAAGCCAUGCAGACCAGAGGAGGGAUAAGCCCAUUCCGUCCCAAGGAGGAGGCUUUUGUGAAGUCCCAGUCCAAGAAGCAAGAUCAGCCACAACAGAAAAGGAUGAAGGCAUCCAUGCUAACCAGAGAAUCCUCUCCAGGCAAAACGAACAUGAAAAUGUGGCCUUUGGAAAGACCUUCAGUAAGAAUAUCAGUCUUAUUUCCGAGAGGCAAAUUCCAUCUGGAGAGAAACUGUACGAUUGCCUGAAGUGCGGAAAGACCUUCAGUCAGAAAUCAGCUCUUUCUUCACAUCUAAGAAUUCACGCAGGAAGAGAUGAGCAGUGGACUGAGGGGGAUCAGCAAGUGCAGGAGCUAUUGCCAGAGAAAGAGAAGAAUGGAGAUUUGAAAGGAAACUUCAGGAAUCAAGGCAAACUGGAAAAGCAGACAGGAAGUCACAUGGCUGAGAAGAGGGAUAAAUCCAUUCCUGGCCAAGCACGGGAUUGCCUUGAAGUAAUCGACACAGUAGAGGAAACAUAUAAGUGCUUGGAGUGUAGAAUGAACUUCUCAGAUCACAGCCAGUAUGAAAUUCAUUUGCAAAUACACAGUGGGAAGAAGACACAUCAGUGUUUGGAGUGUGACAUGACUUUCCUUUGCACAGCAAAGCUCCUGAUGCAUCAAGGAACACAUCAAAGAGAGAAAUCUUAUAGUUCCUCAAACUGUGGUAAGAGCUUGUCACAAAAAUCAGAUGUUUUUCAACACCAAAGGACUCAUUCAGGAAAGAAGGCGUUAAUCUGCUUAGAGAGGAAAAGGACCGUAUCUGGUAGAAGAAAAGGUAAUGUACAUAUUCCAAAACACGGUAUAAGGAGACCACAAAAAUGCUUUCAUUGCGGAAAGUUCUUCAGCUGCAGAUCACAGCUCCUUGUGCACCAAAGAACCCACACAGGGGACAGACCUUUUGAAUGCUCAGAGUGUGGAAAGAGAUUCAAUCGGAGUAGCAGUCUUCAAAAGCAUCAAAGAACUCACACAAAGGAGAGACCUUUUGAAUGCUCAGAGUGUGGAAAGAGAUUCAGUCAGAGUGGCCAUCUUCAACAGCAUCAAAGAACUCACACAAAGGAGAGACCUUUUGAAUGCUCAGAGUGUGGAAAGAGAUUCAGUCAGAGUGGCCAUCUUCACCAGCAUCAAAGAACGCACACAAUAGGACAUUGA